AUGGUCGUAACUUACACCACGGCGCUGGCCGCCCUCAAGGAUGCUGCUGGGGACGUGCGAGCGAGCAGGCUGCCUGCCGAGUCGCAGGUCCGCGUCUCCCUGGAAGAGGCCGUCGGUCGUAUCGCCGCCUGCGACUGCACGAGCACGGUAGCGACGCCCGAGUUCGACACCUCGGCCAUGGAUGGAUACGCCGUCCGCUCUGAGGCGACUCGGCGCGCCUCGCCUCAGCACCCGGUCGUGCUUGAGGUCCAGGGGACUAUUGCCGCCGGCGAUGAUCCAUUCUUUGCCGCGUGGGCCCCCAUUCUCCAUGCCGGUAUAGAGCCCUGCGCCGAAAUCAUGACGGGUGGGAGGUUUCCGCACUCUGGCGCCGGGGCGGACCUGGACGCGUGUGUGCGGCUUGAAGACGUCGUUGUCAAGACCUCGAUGACGGGGACCGCCAAUGGCCCAUCCGCCCGCAGCACAAGGACGCUCAUCACACUCACCAAGCCUGUGCCUAGACACGCUAACCGGCGCUUCGCGGGAACGGAUAUCCAAAAAGGUCAGGUCGUGCUCCGUGCCGGCCAAGUCAUCAACUCGGCGAGCCUGAUUCCCCUUGCCUCGGUCGGCAUCAAGUCCGUCCUGGUCGCGAAAAAGCAACGCGUUGCCGUUUGGUCUACGGGCAAGGAGCUUCUAUCCGGUUCGUCUAGGGUUCCCGAUGUGAACGGCAUCUUCCUCGCCGCCGCUGCCCGGGAAUUUGGCGCGGACGUGAGCUUCCUGGGCGUCCUCGACGACGAGCCCGCCUCCAUCACCCGCGCCGUCGCCGACGCGCUCGUCUCCGAGCAACCACCCAAUAUCCUCGUCACGAGCGGCGGCGUGUCAGCCGGCAAAUUUGACUUUGUGCGCCGCGCCAUGGAACGGAUGGGCGCCACCAUCGUCUUCCACGGAAUCGCCAUUCGGCCCGGCCACCCCGUCCUCUUCGCCCUUUUGCCAUCAAACCGCGGCAAGGUAGCCUUCUUCGGGCUUCCAGGAAACCCGGGAGCCGCGUCGGCCUGCUUCCGCUUCGUCGUGGUGCCGUACCUACGCCAAAUCGCGUCACGGGGCUCCGAGGCCCCGGUCCCCGCGAAACUGCUCAACCCGGAGGCUGACAUCACGGGGAAGUGCGACCGCCCCGCGACUGGGAUCGGCCUGGAGCCGUUGGCUAGCACUCCGAACCGAGAUCACUUUAGGCCGGGCCUCCUUCUCAAGGGGAGGGCGAGGCCAACACCGUCCAGGAGAUUGGGAGAAAUCAAAGUCCCUCUAAAUUGUGGCCGUUUUUGUUGUCAAAUUGCUGGAUUCACUAUAGGAAAGAUCGAGAAUACAGGGAAGGGUGCGCCGUAG